AUGCUCGAAACCCACCACCACAUCGCCUCCACCAAAGGCCUCUCAAGCAUCACCACCUUAAUCACCGACCCAACCACCGGAGCCGCCGUCCUCAUCGACCCCCCAUUCCUGCUCCCCGACGCCCACUCCGUCCUCCGCUGGAUCCAAAAAACCACUUCCGCCGCGGGGGGUGCCGACCUCAAAGCCAUCUUCGUCACCCACCACCACCCGGACCACUUCUUCUCCGCCAACCCCAUCCUCGACGCCUACCCGGCCGCCAAGUUCUACGCUGCCCCUUACGUCCUCGCCGGGAUCGAGCGCGAGUACGCCGAGAAGGUGGCUUACUGGCCCUCCGUGAUGGGCGCGGAGAACGUGCCGGCCACACCCCGGAAGCCCGAGCCCUUCCCCUUCAGCUUUUUCCUGAUGGAGGCGGCGCCCGAGAGUCCGAUUGUUCUGCUGGGACCGCUGCAGGGCGACGCGGUCGAUCAUACGGUGUUUUGGUUGCCCAAGGAGCGGACGGUCGUCUGUGGGGAUACGAUUUACGGGAGGAGUACGCAUGUUUGGGUCGAAGAACUCGAAACCCCCGCCCUCCUCGAAAGCUGGCGCAAGACCCUCGACCUGCUCGCCCUGCUCGAACCCACCAAGCUCAUCCCCGGUCAUUUGGAGGAAGGCUGGUCGCUGGACUGCGCCGCGGACCUGGCCCACACCCGGCGGUACUUGGACGUGUUCGCCGAGAAGGUGACGUACGCGGCCACCCAGCCGGGCGUGCAGGAGCUGUACGACUUCUUCCGGGACGAGUUCCCGCAGUGCCGCGAGAACCUGGAGUUCUUUUUGGGCCACCUGGCGAAUCAGUUCGGGGAGGGCGGGACGGUGUGGGAGGAGAAUCGGUGUCAGGAUUUGGGCGGGAGGACGGUGGAGGGGUUGUGUGGGUAUUGGUUCAAAUAA